GAUUUAGCAUAGAAGGUGAUGGUGGAUGAUGUGGAUAGUUCUAAUACAAAUCUGUCGCUCGUAGAAGAACAUUCUUCAACACAAAUAAGAUCAAGUUUAAGUUGUGAUAGCCCACAAAACAAACCUAAUAAUAAAACUUGGAGCAGUUCACUGAAGUGUUCUGUUUCGUGUACUUCUUUAUUACCGGUUUUCAGCAUACCUUCAGAAAAGAGUCCUUCUUCGUAUGUCUACCGCACAGAUGGUGCUGAGCGUGGACUGUGUGUUGUUUUUUCAGUUGAUAAAUUUGAUCCCAUACUUUGUUUACCACCAAGAAAUGGCUCUUUGAUUGAUAUACAAAACAUUAAGAGAGCUUUUUCGAGCCUCGACUUUAGAGUCAUAGUGCAUUCAAAUCCGACAUCCGCAAGUUUAUUUUCUUUAAUCCAAACAAUCUCAACACAAAAUCUACGUGACCAUGAUUGUUUCGUUUGUGUAAUUCUUUCUCAUGGUGAUGAGGGUGGAUUAAUAUACGCAACAGAUGGUUCUAUUCCCGUGGAUCGUAUCAUCGCUCCAUUUCGUGGAGAUCAAUGUUUGGAUUUAAGAGGCAAGCCAAAACUAUUCUUUAUCCAAGCAUGCCGUGGAAUGGCACUUGAUGACGGUGUAUUUGUUUGUGAUGGACCUCUAUCUAAUAGUAAAUUUGCGGAUGCUGCUACAACAACAAGACGAAUUCCAGUUGAGGCAGAUCUUUUCAUUGCCUAUGCAGUCCAACCAGGUUAUUAUGCUUUUCGUAACUCCGUCAACGGUUCUUGGUUCAUACGGGCCCUAUCUGAUGUCCUACUUCGGUAUGGAAAUACUUUAGAUUUGUUGAGUAUCAUGACACGUGUGAACUAUGAUGUUGCUUUUGAAUACGAGUCAACUGCAGCCAAUCCCUCAUUCUGCGGCAAGAAGCAAAUGCCAUCGUUUGUGUCUACUUUGACAAAACACGUCAUCUUUCCACCAAAAAAACUUAGAAACACUUCGAAACUUUUGUAAAGUUUUAAAGCAAAGCAACUAACUGAUGGAUAUAUUUACUGAAAUUUCUCAAAUUCGAAACAAGAAAAUAACGUGAUAUAAUUUUCUUAUGGUGAAAUCCAGAGAAACAAUCUUCUAUACUUUAAAUGAUAUUUUCUCUAAAUUCCAUAUCUCUUGUGAAGUACGUGUUGAAAAUGAUAGUCAUCUAAUAUUUUGAACAAUCUCUUAUUUGAUC